AUGGAUAGACCCCCUCUUUCUGGAAGAUUGGUUAAAUGGAUGAUGCAACUUAGCAAAUACACAGUCGAGUACAACCAACCUUGGGCCAUCAAGUGUCAAGCGGCGGUGGACCUUUUGGCUGCCUUCCCCACCACCAAUGAUUUUUCUAUAUCAGAAGAUGUCCCAAGAAAGCUUCCCAUGAUCGCAGUGGUUGAAGAAGGCGAGUGGGUUCUAACCUUCGAUGGAAGCAGCACUAACACCUCAGCUGGUGCUGGAGUCAUACUAAUGUCACCUGUCGGUAACACCUCCGCCUACUUGUUUAAACUUCAGUUCCCCUGUUCCCACAACAUAGCUGAAUAUGAAGCCCUGGUCUCAGGGCUGACUAUAGAAAGAGAUGCGGGAGCUAAGAAAGUCAAAGUAACAGGAGACUCUAAAUUGGUGAUAGGCAAAAUUAAAACAAUGAAUAUUUUAGGGAAGCAUUUAUGCGGUUUUCUGAAACGUCGAUUUGAAGAAGCUUUCUUCCUUGAGAAAAACUUUGAAGAACUCAAUAGGGAAGAAGAACAUCUCUCAAAUAAGAAGGCACGGAUUGAAAGAAAGAUAAAUGAAGACACAGUGUCAAAAAUGCCAACUCCUGAAACUUCACAGUGGCUUGACUACUUAAGACGUUUCGAAACAGAAUAUAGCACAUUGUGUACAGAUUUUGAAGAAUAUAGGCAACUCCCCAGAAAAUGGUUUGCCAUUUGGCAACGAGUAUGUCUAGGCAGGCGUGUAGCAACUCAGAGAAAUGAGAUUUCCAGGCUCAAAGAGGAAGCCAAGUUCGAGGAUGGAGUGAUGGUUGAUGCACCAUUACAGAAUGUUGAGCGAUCAAGUCCAAAAGAUGGGAAUGUGAGAAAAAUUCAAAAUCAAAUUGCUCAACGGUUGAAUUUGAGAGUUGGUAAUUGUGGUGAAGAAUCUCAUGGUAAUAAUAGUGUGAGAAGGCAAAUACUAGGAAAGUUACAGAAUAAGAAGUGGUUGCUAAUUUUGGAUGAUAUGUGGGAUAAUGUUGAUUUAGAAGGUGUAGGGAUCCCUAGCCAGAGCAGAGGAACCGGAUCCAAGAUAGUGUUAACAACUCGAUCCUUUAAUGUGUGUAAUAAAAUGGAAACUGAUGAAGAGAUUAAGGUGGAUGUGUUGUUGAAGAAAGAAGCGUGGGAGCUAUUUCGAGAAGUAGUUUCUCAAGUUGUGGAUGCUCCAGAGAUACAAGGCAUAGCCAAGCAGAUAGUUGAAAAGUGCAGAGGUUUGCCACUCACCAUCAAGGUGAUUGGAGGGUUUUUAAGAAAGAAGAAAGAUGUUCAUGUGUGGAAGAAUGCACUUUAUGAGAUGAGUUCUGCCAAGUAUGAGAUAAUUGAUGAUAAGGAGGACUCUGUCUUCAAGAUUUUGAAGUUCAGCUAUGAUCAACUAAAGACUAAAAGGAAGAAGAAUUGCUUCUUAUAUUGUGCAUUAUUUCCAGAAGAUUCUAUGAUCAAAAUUGAGGAAUUGAUAUAUUAUUGGGUUGGGGAGGGUUUUAUCAGUGAUGGGGUGGUGCAAAGUUUGGAUGAUGCAAUUAAUAGAGGAUAUACUAUAGUGGAUGAGCUUUGCAAUGCCUCUUUGUUAGAGUUUACAAAGGAUAGGCAUGGGGAUAAAUGUGUGAAGGUGCAUGAUGUGAUUAGAGAUCUAGCAUUGAGAAUCACAUCACCAGCAACAUCAACAUUAGAUAAUUUCCCUAGUGAUGAGGGAGAGAGUGGUAUAUUCUUAGUAAGAGCAAGAGUGGAGAUGGAAGAUCCUCCAUGCGUGGAGGAAUGGAAACAGAAACAUAGGAUCUCACUGAUGGAAAAUGGCAACCUUUAUUACCUACCUGAUAGGCCCCAGUGUGACUCACUCUUGACAUUGUUGCUUCAAAAGAACUCCAAAUUGGAGAGAAUUCCAGAGUCAUUCUUUGAGCACAUGCAUAACCUUCGAGUUCUAGACAUAUCAAAAACUGGUAUAGAUGAUUUACCGCCAUCGAUUUCAUGCCUCGUAAACCUUCGUGGGUUAUAUGCAAUGUAUACAGGCCUACGUAAAUGUCCAUCCCAAAUAGGAUGUCUCAGGAGUCUUGAGGUGCUUCAUCUUGGUGGAGGUGAGAUGGAAUACUUGCCUACAGAGGUUGGGCAACUAACUAGGCUUAGGAGCUUGAUUGUAAUAUUUAGUAGGUAUGGAGGAUCAGUAGUGGUGGAAGGUAAGAGGAUGAUACCCCGUGGAAUGCUAUCAAGGCUUUCUCUAUUAGAAGAUCUAAGGGUAGACAACGUUGGUCCAGGGUUAGAUGAGGAUUGGGUUGAGAUUGGAGAAUCAAUUGCUGAGGAGGUUGAUAGCUUGAACAAACUUACUCGUCUUGAGAUGAACUUCCCCAAGCUGGAUUCUUAUCUCAAAUUUGUCCAAGAAAGUUUUGCAGUCAAGACUCAACGCUUGAAAACGUCUCACCUCUCUAUUGGUUACCAUGUCAAAGAUCAGAUGUCGUUCUCUCCAUUAGUUGAUGUUGGGGAGCAUAGAUUGAGAUUUCUAGACAGCAUUGAGUUAUUACCCAAUGAUGAUAUCAGGGUUACAGUAAGUCGUGCUACCAAGUUGUUUCUAGAAGGUUGUACAACUCCUAGAAAACUUUCAGAUUUAGGCAUGGAAAAUUUCAAGGGGAUAAAGGAGAUUUAUAUUAAAGGUUGUGAAAGAGUAGAAAGUGUGAUAGAUGGAAAUGACUUAAACGACAGUUUCAUGGCAACCCAUUGUCAAGUUUUACCCAACCUACAAACAUUAGAUCUCUCAAACCUGGAUAAUUUGAGAAGCAUUUGGGAGGGAGCAGCACCACCUCAAAGCCUCAAUCAGUUAACAAGCAUACAUGUAUACUGCUGUGAUAAUUUGCCAUUUAUCUUCUCAAGGUGUAUGAUUCUGCAUCUACCCAAUCUUCAAACACUUCAUGUCAGUAAUUGUUUGAGAGUUGAAGAGAUAGUGAAGGAAGAAGAAGAAGAAGGAGAAGAGAAGAAUGAGAUGGUGGGCUCUUCCUCUAACCAAGUUGAUGAUCAUCAUGAUUUUGUCCACCUCCCUUGCUUAUCUAAAUUGUCACUUGUUUGUCUACCAAAACUGAGGAGAGUAUGCAAAAGGGUUCGGUUGGCUUUGCCCCCAUCUGUCCAGAUUUUUAUUAGUUCUUGUCCAGAAGUAAUAAAACAAGGCUUUGAAUGGUGGGAAGAUGAUGGCAGUAAUUCCAGUAACAUUCUCCAUAUGGAAUGGGACUCAACUGUGGUAACAGGAUGGCGCGAAAAAAUAGUAAAGCGUAAGAAGAUGAUAUGACCACAGUUCCAAUUGUAACAUGGAUGAUUUGAUAAGCUUUUAUAUGAAUCAUGUUUUUUGUUCCAAUU